ACACACAAACCAAAAGAACAAGAAACCAAAAACACAUUCCACCGAAAAAAAAAAAAAAGAAACCAAAAGCGCAAUGUCUCCAUUAUCUCUUCUUUCUCCUCUUCUUCUUUUCCUCUUCACUAUCUCUUCAUCACAUUCUCUCCCCAGAUCAUAUUCACUUCUUAAGCAAACUCAUUCCCACCACCACACCCACAAGAAAUCAUCAAAUCUCGACCAAGGGCUUCACUUCAAGACCCAUUACUUCCCUCAGGUGAUUGACCACUUCAGCUUUCUGCCCAGAAGCUACAAGACCUUUAACCAGAAGUACCUCAUCAAUGCUGAAUACUGGGACCGAGACAGCCCGAUAUUUGUUUACACAGGGAAUGAAGGGGACAUAGAGUGGUUUGCUGCCAACACGGGGUUCUUACUCGACAUUGCUCCCAAGUUCAGAGCUCUCGUUGUCUUCAUUGAACAUCGAUACUAUGGGGAGUCAAUGCCAUUUGGGAAGAAAGGCUCGUAUAAGUCAGCAAAGAAGUUAGCGUAUCUGAGCUCACAGCAAGCAUUGGCUGAUUAUGCAGUCCUCAUCAGGAGCCUAAAGCAGAAUCUGACCUCUGAGGAUUCCCCUGUCGUGGUCUUCGGUGGUUCUUAUGGAGGAAUGCUUGCUGCAUGGUUCCGGAUCAAGUACCCGCACAUUACUAUUGGAGCUUUGGCUUCUUCGGCCCCUAUAUUGCAGUUUGAUAACAUUGUCCCAUGGUCUAGCUUCUAUGAUGCUGUCUCUGAAGAUUUUAAGUCUGUCAGCUCGAAUUGCUUCGAAGUGAUCAAGGGAAGCUGGGCAGAGCUGCUCGAGAUCGGUGCUCGGGAAGAUGGUUUGGCUGAAAUAAGCAGAAUUUUCAGGACGUGCAAAAGGCCUCGGUCAACAGAUCUUGCUGAGAACUGGUUAUGGGAUGCUUUUUCUUCCACCGCCAUGGUGAAUUACCCGACUGAAGCUGGUUUUAUGAUGCCUUUACCUGCAUAUCCAGUCACCGAGAUGUGCAAGAUUAUCGAUGAAUCCCCUCCUGGAGCAACGAAGCUUAGCAGGGCUUUUGCAGCUGCAAAUCUGUACUACAACUAUUCAGGAUUGGAGAAAUGCUUCGAUUUGGAAGAUGAAAAUGAUCCUCACGGAGCUGAUCAAGGUUGGAGCUGGAAGUCGUGCACAGAGAUGAUUAUGCCGAUAAGUUGCUCAAAUGAGAGCAUGUUCAUGCCAUUUUCAUACAACUACACGGAGGAUGCAGCUUAUUGCUUCAGCAAGUUUGGGGUUGUGCCUCGGCCACAUUGGAUCACCACUGAAUUUGGUGGUGAAAGAAUAGACAAAGUGCUCAAGAGAUUUGGCAGCAACAUCAUAUUCUCCAAUGGGAUGCAAGAUCCUUGGAGCAGAGGAAGUGUACUGAAGAACAUAUCAGAUAGCAUCAUCGCCCUUGUCACUGAAAAAGGGGCGCACCAUUCCGAUUUUCGUGCCGCCACAAAGGAUGAUCCGGACUGGCUCAUUGAGCAGCGGAGGCAAGAAGUUCAGAUUAUUCAGGGAUGGAUCGAUCAGCAUUAUGCAGAUCUUAAAAAGGACCAAAUCUGAGUCAAGAAGACAGAAGAAAGAACAGAAAAAGGAAACCCACGUACCGUAAUGAGUUUUAUUGGUCAGGUUGCUACAAAACCUGAAGAGAUUACCAGAAGAAGAUUGUUCACUGCUUCGAUCUUGUUCAAACUAUUUUUAAAUCAACAAACUGAGAGCUGUAAUGAUUAUUUAUCCUAAGUUGAUAUCUGUAAGGAGGAGCAUCGAGCACAAGACCUUGAGUAAAUAUCAUGGGAUACAGGAGUCCUUCCUCCUAGUUCCGUACAAUCACAGCAUUGCUCUUGUAAUUUGCUCUUGUAAUGUAACUGCGUAUAUCCAACAAUUAAA